AUGGACUAUAGCUCUGAUGAAGAAUCAGAUAACAAUGAAUCUGAGAUCAGUGACUACAAAGACAAACCUUACGAGCAGUUACGAAGUGGAAAGUUGAAAGUAAAGGGUCCUAAUGGCACCCUCAGAUGCCCCUUUUGUGCUAGAAAGAAGAAACAAGAUUAUAAGCACAAGGAUCUGCUUCAACAUGCUUCCGGGGUGGCUAAAGGUUCUGCUAACAGAAGCACAGUCCAAAAGGCCAACCACAAAGCACGGAUACGUGAUUUUGGCCUCAUACGUAAUGAAGUAAAUAACUUGGAUAAGCGGGGUAAUAUUGACUUUUUACGAUUUAAAAAAAAAAAAAAAAAAAAAGCCACAAAACAUCGCGAGCUACUCUCAGCGCCGUUCUCUUCCGCUUCGGUCGUUCUCUUCUCUUCUCCUCGUCUUCGCAAGUUGCAGCCAAGAUCAAUCAAACUUCUCCUCUUCCUCGAUCCGCUUGGAGGUUCAGUUAGACACGGUUCGGAAUCAAAGAGGCUGCAGAUGAUGUCACAAGAUAAUGUUUGGAGAAUAAUUGAAGUGCGAGAGAAACUGAAUGACGAUUUGGAUGCUAAGAAAAAGGAACGGGAUUCCCUGAGAAAAGAAUUAAACAAACGUGAAGCAAAAACUGAAUAUGAGAGGCAAAAACUUGACAGGGAUAAAAAGAAGAACGAUGAGAGAAACAAGUUACUUCAAUUGGCUUCUGUGGAGCAGAAAAAGGCGGAUGAGAGUGUCUUGAGGUGGGUUGAAGAGCAAAAGAGGGAAAAAGAGGAUGCCUUGCAUAAAAUACUUCAGUUAGAAAAGAAAUUGAAUGACAAACAGAAGGUAGAAAUGGAAAUUGAGGAAUUAAAUGGUAAAUUAGAGGUGAUGAAGCAUCUUCGGGAUGAAGCAUUGGGGGAAAAAGCAAAAGAGCUUGAGGAUUUGGAAAUGCUGAAUCAAACUCUGAUCACAAAAGAGCGCCAGAACAAUGAUGAGUUACAAGAAGCUCGUAAAUUGUUAAUAGCAGGUUUGCCUGAAAUGUUGGCUGGUCAAUCUCAUAUUCGGAUUAAAAGAUUGGGAUAUUUGGAUCAAAAGCCCUUCCUCGACACAUGCAAGUUAAGAUUUCCUCUCGAGGAAGCACAGGUUCAGGCCUUCACUUUAUGCUCCCUGUGGCAGAAAAAUCUGAAAGAUCCAAAUUGGCUUCCUUUCAAGGUGAUACAGAAAGAUGGGAAUUAUGAGGAAAUUAUCGACGAGGAGGAUGAGAAGCUACAAAAUCUGAAGGAAGAGUGGGGGUUUGAGAUAUAUGAUUGUGUUGUUACAGCUUUAAAAGAGCUUAAUGAGUAUAAUCCAAGUGGGCGGUAUGUUAUUCCUGAGCUCUGGAACGUAAAAGAAGGAAGAAAAGCCACAUUGAAGGAGGUUAUUGCCUUUAUCUUGAAGUAUAUUAAGACACUCAAGCGGAAGAGAACAUGAGCAGGCAACAGCACAAAACAGACCAUGGAAUUUGGAGCGUAGAUGAUUGUGAAACUGCAACUGUGCUAGUGGAAAGCAGGAAUUUGAAGCUGUAUUGCAUGUUUGGGUUUCCGUAAGGAUCUUAUGCUAUGAAAAGAACUUAUUAAGUUGGAAUACCGAAUACCUGUACUUUGCUUAAUAUUGAACUUAAAACAAGUUUUAUGGGGAGAUUCUGUGACUGCAGUUUUACUGUC